AUGCGCUCUGAGACCGUAGCGGUGGCACCUCUUGCCAAGAACGUGAUGGUCUAUCGGAACGGAGACCCCUUCUUUAACGGCAGGAAGUUUGUGGUCAGUCAGCGGCGCUUCCUGACCUUUGAGGCCUUUUUGAACGAGGUGACCAGCACGAUCCAGGCCCCUGCAGCCGUCAGGAACAUCUAUACACCCAGGCAGGGCCAUCGAGUCACCGAGCUGGGAGAACUACAUAAUGGGUGCCAGUAUGUCGCAGCAGGCUUUGAGCGGUUCAAAAGGCUGGCCUAUCUAAAACCUGGAAUGAAGCAGCUCAGUGAGAAUCAGAAGACAGGUCGCGCGCAGAGCUAUCCAGUCAUUUCCCGGAGGGCAAAUGUUUUGGAGCGAUGCAGGAGACCGGUGAAUGUGCCCUGCGUUAUACAUGUUUUCCGUAACGGCGACUUGCUCAGCCCCCCGUUCCGCCUAGUCCUCUCCAAGAGCUCCCUGCAGCAGUGGAAUACCGUCCUAGGCCUGCUGUCAGAGAGGGCAAACCUGCGGACCGGAGCUGUCCAAAAGCUGUGCCAGCUGAAUGGCAACGCCAUUUCCUGCGGUGACCAACUGGUGAGCGGGAGCUACUACGUGGCAGUGGGGAUGGAGAAGUACAAGAACCUGCCCUACGUGGAGCUACUGGUGCCCCAGAAGGUCGUCCAUCGGUCCCCUCGGAACCACCCCAAUAACAGAAGAAGGAACUGCAAUCGAGAGGACUUCCAGCUGGAUCUUCGGCGGGUGCGGUCUACAGGAGUUGUGGAGAAGGACAGUGGCCCAGGCUCUUCUCCAGCGCCACACGAAAAAGCCAGGAAACAUCUACUCAGCGAAGAGGAGAAGCAGGAGCGCAUCAUUUACACAAAGCCAGUCCGUGUCGGGCAAAUCAGCUGGAACUCUCGCCAGUGGUCUGACCAAGAAGGAAGCGUUUAUAAGCUGAAAGGAGCGAGGAAAGAGAUGCAGGGAGCACAGGAAGUCGGGGAGGAUGAAGACACACAGGUGGAGUUACCUGUUGACCAGAAAGUUGCAGAGAUGGUGGAAGAGGAAGUUAUGCCUCAGACUAAAAAGUGGCAACUCAACAAGGUAAUGAACCUUUUAGUGUGGUACAUAGGCAGCAUGUUUUAA